AUGCUAAUAACCGACAACGCACCAGAUCAUCCCCCUACAACUUUAACUAAUUUUGACUCACGUGUGAAAGUUGUAUUUUUGCCACCAAAUACAACCAGCUUGCUUCAACCGAUGGAUCAGGGAGUCAUCAAAACAUUCAAAGCUUAUUACACGAGACGAUCGUUUGUAUAUCUGCAUGAAGCUAUGAGACAAAACAACGUGCUCUCUGUUAAAGACUUUUGGAAACAAUUCAAUGUUUUAGAUGCAGCGGAAUCAGUGCCAGAGCCUGAUGAAAUUGGUAAUGUGAUUGAAGAAGUUGUCGAUCUUGCCAGGCAAAUAAAUUUAGAAGUGGAUAGUGAUGACGUUCGAGAACUGCUGGAUUCCCACAAUCAGGAACUGACAAUUGAUGAGCUCAUAGAAAUGUGUGAGCAAGAGCAAGACAUUGAAGAACUUGAUUCUUUAGAUCCAGUUAAAUCAGAAGAUCGAAUGACGGUUGGAAAAUUGACAGAAGGCCUCAGUGUUAUUGAAAAGGGGUUACAAAUUUUAGAAAAUAUAGACUCCAACGAAGAGCGCAUUUCUUCUACAAAACGAGAAAUAAAAAAAUUAUUAGCGUGCUACGAGGAAAUUUUGUGGGAGAAAAAAAAUCUUUGA